AUGCCCAGCUCGGGUGCGCACGGUCGUGCGACGGGCUCGACUGGGCUCGACUGGGCGCUCUGUGAUUGUGGCAACAUAUUCGGCUGGCUGGUCCGCAAGAACAGACUCACUCGUGUUCGGUACCUAUCCGUGUCGAAGCUGCGUAAGAGCUCGGCCGACGCGCUGCUCGCUGCGCUUUCAAGCGUCAAGUCCAGUCUGGUGUCAUCCUCCACGGAAUGCGAGACUGCUGAGUCGUCAUGGCUGCUUGCACAGGCCGACGUAGGCUCCGCUGCAGCAACAGGGUGGACGCUUUCGCCGCCGUACCUUGAAACGGUGCCCGUGACGCGGCCACUACGGGCGUACCCGCGCACCGCCGUCGACACUGGAGCGGACAUGACGGGCUCCGAACGAGCAGCCCCUGUGAACGGCGACGGAGACGGCACGGUGGCCCCCGAAGGCCGAGCCGGCAAUGGCUGCAAGAGCCCGGAUAACAGAGACGGCGACGACGUACUGAACGUGAUCUUGGGCGAAGUCUGCAGCAAGCGACGGGAAGGCAAUACUACACGCUCAACUGGUUUGACAAUCUUCCACAAUUACAGCGUUGCGGCGUCUGGAACUGCGGUGGCGCCGAAGGUCGUUGUGGUGGCAAGAUCAGCAUCCGACAUCCUUGGGCUGCAGCGAUCAGCGCAGUGCAUGCGGCAGCAGUAUUCAUCAGUGUGUCCGUCGUCGCAGUACCAGCGACCGCCACUGCGUUGGGCACCAUUAAGUGCGUAG